CAGGCCGGGUGUGUGUGCCGGCUCGUCCUCCGUGGAGAAGUUUAAAGUGUCGAGUGAGUUUCCGGACGAUUCUCUGAGCUUCAUCAAAGCCCACCCGCUGAUGGAGGAGGCCGUGCCCGCCAUCGCCAACCGGCCCUGGUUCCUCAAGACCAUGGUGAGGUACCGGCUCACUCGUAUCGCAGUGGAUAACGCCGCCGGGCCGCACAAUAACCAUACGGUGGUCUUCCUGGGCUCUGAGCGAGGAAUCGUCCUGAAGUUUCUGGCUAAGAUCCGCAGCGGCGCCCUGAACGACAGCCUGUUCCUGGAGGAGCUGAACGUCUACAACGCAGAGAAGUGCAGUAUUGACGGUGUGGAGGAUAAGCGCAUCAUCAGUAUGCAGAUCGACAGCCGCAGCCGAUCUCUGUUCGUGGCCUUCAGCUCCUGUGUGGUUCGAGUCCCGCUCGCGCGCUGCCAGCGCCAUGGAAAGUGCAAGAAGUCCUGUAUCGCCUCCAGAGACCCGUACUGCGGCUGGGUGUCCGAGGGCGCCUGCAGAGAAAUCACAUCUGAUGCAAAAUGGCCGUUCGAGCAGUCGUUCGUGGCUCUGAACGGCCGUGUCUCCUCCCCCUCAGUGUCUCCAGCAGUGGUCAGUGUUCCUCUGGGUCGGGGUCGAGUGCUGAAGGAUCACCAGGAGCCGCUGGUGUCCGGGUCCUCAGAGACGCAGCAGGAGAGCGCGGGAGUGAUCCGCGAGACCUUCCACCGGGACCGGGAUCAGAUGGUUCCAGUGACGCUGUUGGCCAUCGCUGUGAUCCUGGCCUUCAGCAUGGGCGCCAUCUUCAGCGGGAUCCUGGUGUACUGUGUGUGUGACCACCACCGCCGGCGGGAGUUCCCCAUGUCAGGACGCAAAGAGAAGGACUGUGCGGCGUCCCGCCGCGGCUCCAUGAACAGUGUGACCAAGCUGACGGGGCUGUUCGAGACGCAGGCUAAAGACGGGCGUGCAGAGCAGAUGCUGACCCCGCUGAUGAACGGCCGGCUGGUCAACGGGCGGAUGCUGAUUAAAGCGGAGCAGCACCUGGACCUGUCCGCCCUGCCCACACCCGAGUCCACACCACUGCAGCCACGCCGCAAGCCUAGCAGGGGGAGCCGAGAGUGGGAGCGCAACCAGAACCUGAUCAACGCCUGCACCAAAGAGCUGUCAUCAAUGGGGUCACCUGUGAUCCCGACAGAGCUGCCGCUUCGGGCAUCCCCGGGCCACAUCUCCAGUGUGGUGGUGCUGCCACUGCCACCACAUCAGUCGUACCAGCACGAGUACGUGGAGCAUCCGCAGCAGCGCCCUGACGAUCCAGCGGCCACGCUGGAGUUCCAGACGCUGCGGAGUCCGUGCCGUGGUGCAGAGGAGGAGGUGGUGCCGCCACGAGUGCCCCAGCGGGAGGCGUCCCUGGUGCCACCGGCCGUCCCACAGAUGGGCAAACGGCUAGACAUGCACUCCUCCAUGUACGCCCGCGGGUUCCCCAUGAGCUCCGGCCUGAAGAAGCAGCACAACACCAACUCCUCCAACUCCUCACACAUGUCCAGGAACCACAGCUUCCGUGUGGAGACGCCUCCGCCCGCCCCGCAGCGCGUGGACUCCAUGCAGGUCUCCUCUCCGGGCCUCGGCCUCUCCCACCACCCCAGCCUCAGCUCUUUCGGCUCUCUGUCUCGCUGCGGAGCCCGGCAGAUGAAGCCCGACGUGCCGCCCAAACCCUCGGCCGUGUCCUACUGCAGCAAAGCCACAUCCGGAGACUCCUGCACAUAAUCCAGAGCGGGAGAACACACGUGGGGAACAGCUCAGUGUGUCUGCGGUGUACAGCCCUGUACAGGAAACGCAGAUCACCCUUUCCUUUCUGUUUGUUUUGGUUUUGUAUAUUUUUUAAUACGUACACAUCGGGCUGAAGAGUCCCCGAGCGCAAACACACCGAGAGGAGGAACUCUUGAAGAUUUACUCAGUGCUUCGUCCUGAUUAAAGCAGGGCUGAGGUUCGUUUUCUGCCAAAAGCACAUGGAGACGGGUGGAGAUGUACGUCACGAGGAGCCCGCUGUUAUCCAGCUCUCGGAGAGUAAACUGUGAAGAUCCGCCGUCUCUGCGCUGCUGUUACUGGACAAAGCAAUGGAGUUCUGCCUUAGUGCAAGAGUUCAACACGUCUACUGAAGCGGUCGGCUAAAUAACACGUGACUGUUAAUACUAAUAGCAGGUUGUAUUUAUUUUUAAUAAAGUGCUUUUGCAGAGAGAGCGUCUCUUUUAGGCUCAGACGAGACGAGAGCGAUCGUUUUAAUUUGAAUUAAUCGAGUGUGAAAUUAUUUAAAGUCAUUAAACUGGAGCCAGCACUUCUGUCCACUAACUCUUUGGACGUUGCUAAGCAAACUCUGAGGUGUCGGGAAGCCUUGCCAGAGGGGAUCGUGGGUAAAUCAGACACACAGGAGCGGUCCGUCUGCCCUCGUCUGUCCGCAGAGUGCCAUUCUGAAGGAACACACAGACGACAUGUGUGUGUGCAGACGCUGGCUUAACGCUUUCAGAUGUAUGGGUUCCUCUAACACACACACACACACAUAUGUGUUGGCAAUAGUGGUUUACGAGGACUCUCCAUUGGUCUAAUGUAUUUUAUACAGUAAAACAGUGUAUUAUUAUACAGCCCUACCAUUAAACCCUCACAGCAACCCUGAGGCAGAAUGUCUACAUCUAUUUUUAAACCUUUUUAAUAACAAGGACACAAAGCCUGUCCUCAUAAACCACCAUUAAUAGGUCGUACCCAUGACAUUAUACAUGUGUGUCCUUGUAAACCACCAAUACCAAUACACACACACACACACACACACACACGUGCACAGGCCCGUGGUUGAAUCAUGUCCAGUAAGCCUGUUUUCCUCCUUCCACCUGUAAAUGUGUGCCUUACACCCCUGAGUAGUGACGCGUGUGUUAGCUGUUAACUGUCGUAGUUCUGAUGAUGAAGAUGAUGAAGAUGAUGUUUGUUUUUCUCGUUUGAUUAAAAAAAGACACAAAACACAAAAAA